AUGGGACUCUUCGGUAAACGGAAAUCCUACGUCGCUCCAGAACCUUCAAUUGUGGACACUGCUAGAAUCGAUACGGGCUACUACGGUGUUGAAUCAACUCGUGCUAGGAACGCAGCAGCAGCAUUGAACAAGAAGAAUGAACUACCUGCUAUUCCAAUUCAAUCUACUACGGCUAAACGUGCUCCAGUCCGUCGAAUUCCUCCUCCAGUGUCUCCUGAUACACCCUUUCAUCAAUCAACCAAAUCACUUUCUUCAGACUUUCUGUACGUAACUUCAGAAUCUUCAUACACGUCAAGCGAAAGCGAAAAACAUACCACCACUGCAAACCGUCACCCAAGGUCUCAUUUUCAGCGAACUUCUCCCCCCCCUACUGAUUAUCCUUACGCCGGGGAUUCUCAAAGUCAAAGAUAUGCAAAUAACUUACGAACUAAGUUGCUGGUACACCAACAACCACCGGCUACUCCCCAGCAACAUCAUGUGACUUAUCCAAGCUCAUAUCCACCUCCACCACCAUCUGACACUUCUCUGGAAUAUACAUCAACAUUGUCUGCUCAACUGCCAAACUUGAUUGCUACUAACAGACAGCAACACGUGCCACCAAUGGCUCAUUACAGUAACCAAACACAAUUACAAAGCGAUCCUAAAUGGCAACCUUCUCCAUAUCAGCAUCAAGGUACUUCCUCAGUAGCUCCUUCUGAUUCAGGAAACGAUGCGGCUUCUGCAUCUUACGAGUCCAGUGAGUGUUCUUCUAAUGCCAACAAGCUGCAUCCAUAUUAUAACGAAUGGAAGGAGUAUUACGUAAAACUUGCAGCAAUGAAUAAUGCACAACAGCAACAACAGCAGCAACAGCAACAAAGAAGAGCUACUCCAGUUAACAAUCGCCAUUCAAUGUACGUGGGAGAGGCCUCCAGGCAACAACAACAUGAGUUAAGUUGUGAGUUACUUCAGCCUACUCCCUCAAUCCCCCAACAGCAACUCCCUGCGGCUUUGGACGUCCAAAAGCAACGUAAGCGUCACUCAAUUGCCUCAAUGGCAUCUUCUACUUCCUCAAGAGUCCCGCUGUUUGUUAUGAAAUCGUCAGCUGUCACAAAUGAUACUUCUGUUCAAUCUUUUGCAUUAAAACAAGAGAUCCCUCAUUCUAAUUCCCAAUACUCAUUUGCUCCAUCUCCAAAGCCAAGACCCCAAGAAAGUUCAACAAGAUCAUAUUUGUCCUCGUAUUCUGCAAAGCAAGGCGGCGAAGAAACUGAUAAUGAGCUUAUUUUAAAGAGUCGUAAAUCGGUGCUACGUUCUAGUCGGUAUCCAUCGGAGCCAAUGUCUGUACAUCUGAGGAACCUGGUCUCCAUAAAGCAGAAUCGUAUUUCCAGUUUUGGAGGUACAUAUUCUUCAAACACUAGCAACAGAAAUGUUCCUACGAACUUUGAUUCACGUCCGUAUGAGCCACAACAUUUAGAUGAUGAUUUUGAUUUCCAUUCGUCAAAUAGGGGUGCAUCAGAACAAGACGACUUCACUGGCUCGGAGCUGGACUAUGGAAGCGAUGAGGAGGACGACAUUCUAGUUCCUUUGGAUCCAGUAGCAAAGUUGCAUGAAGAAAUUAAAGUAACUGAGAAGCAAGAAGACUUGGAAGCAACAACUGGUGAUAUUAAUAAUAGUUUUUCCAGUGAAUCGGAAGUUACCUUUGCAGUUAAUACCAAUCUUCAAUCUCGAUCUGCCAGCAGGAAAGAGAAUGCCGGCAAUACUGUUAUUGAAGCUAGUACUAAAGAAGACGAUAUGUCUGAAUUUACUAAGAAAUUGGAAGAAUUAGAUAUGCAGCCAAUACGUAAGCCUUCAAAGCAGAUCUCGGAUUAUUCCAAAUUCCUCUUUGAUGAUGAAGAAUCUGAAGACGAAACAGUGGAAGCUGGACCAACCCAGGAGAAAGAUGCAGCAAAACAAUUAAUGACUCCGGAAACUUAUAAAGGUGAUAUAUUUGACCAACAGCCAGAUAUAGCUGAUGAUAGUUCAAUUCAGUCCAAUAGUUCAAGAAAGCUCUUCGUCAAGAAACCAAUCGAGGAAACUGAGACUUAUAUGAGCAAUACAAGACCUGGAAUGUGUAGUAAUAUUUCAUUGUCUGAGAUGUCUCCUCCAAAAUCACCACCUCAAGUUGAUUCUCUUGAUUCUUCUGAGAUGAGCUCUGAAAUUAAUUCCAAGCUGACUUCAGACAACACUCUUGAUCCGCGGAAGAAUAUGUCACUGCUGGUGUAUGGUGUUCCAACCCACAUGAAUAGUAUUCAAGGUGAGCUCCCACAUAUGCAGCAACCACCAAUAUUUGGACAGAAUAUGUUUGGAUCUCCUACUCCCUCGCUUUUUGGUGACUCUGCUUCCACGACUGGGAACCAGCAAAUGCAAAUGCAAAUGAUGAUGCAAAUGAUGCAAAUGAUGAAUCCAAUGUUCAACCAGAUGCAAAUGAUGAAUCCCAUGAUGUAUGAAAUGAUGAAGAACCAAAGUCAUAACGGUACUACUGCCAUGAACCCAGAAAUGCUCCAAUUAAUGUAUAACAAUAUGAACAUGCAAAGAGACAUGGAUAACAGACGUCUGAUGUUUCCACAAAUGAGCUCUCUGAUGCCUAAUCUAGCACGAGAACAUCGAUUUUCCAUGAUUGGCUUAAACAGUGGAUUUAAUGGUGGAAGUUCGCCAGGAACGUCGCCUGUACGUAAACAGCCGGUUACCAAAGAUCAGGAAAUAAGUCAUAAGAUAGAGGAGUUUAUCAAGUUAAGACAAGUUAUUGCUAGUGGUAACAAGUCGUUGGAAUAUCGAUUGAAAUGGAUCAAGAUGUUGAUUUCUGCAACAAACUACAAAUUGUACCAACUUAUUAAUAUCAAAGGUAAUUCAAUCAGACCAGAAGAAUCUGCGCAGAGCAAGCAGUUAUUUAUAAAGUCUUCUAUUAAUCAUUUGGUAAAGCUUGUGAAGGAUGAUAAUUUAAAGGAUGAUUCCAUCCGUAGCGAAUGCUAUUAUUUGUAUGCUUUGCUUUACAACCAAGACUAUGUGGAAACUUUCGGGGAAGACUUUGGUUUUGAAAAAGAUAUUCCCCAAGCCAUUGAAUGGUAUACAAAAUGUUUGAAUUUGUAUUCAAAUGAUUACAAAAGUUUAUAUAAACUUGGUGAGAUCUUUGAAUACGAAGAUACGACUGGUAUGAAUUUAGAAGGUACACAAUCAAACACAGACAAGUCUGUCCAAAGUUUUGAUAUGGCAUUGGAUUAUUAUAAGCAAUCAGCCAAAUUUGGCUAUAAUAGAGCCAUUUACAAAAUAUCACUUUUGUACUUGAAUGCACCUGCUAUCCGUUCGACAAAAUUCUUCAGGUAUUUCCAUGAUUUAGCUAACAUCAAGGUAGAAGAGAUCAGAUUAGAUGGUGAUGACAAGGAAGAACUAGUUGAGAUUAUUGGGCUUAGUUGUUUCCAAUUGGGACGCAUUUACGAAGGGAUUUAUCCUGGAGAUUUAACUCUUGAAGAUGAUUUCAUUAAAGACUGCUUGAAGAUAGCGCCUGUUAAUUAUGCCAAGUCACUCUCAUACUAUAACAAGUCCGCUAAAUCUGGUUGUUUACUUGCUCAAGUGAGACUUGGGUAUAUUUACGAGUAUGGAGAAUUGGACCGGAAAAAGAAUGCCAGUAAAUCUGUUAAGUGGUACAUAAAGGCCACAAGUUCAUCACUCAAGUUCCGUCGCAGCCCUAAGGCUAUGCUUGGCCUUGCAAGAUGGUGUAUGGUUGGAACAGACGGUAUAUCGAGACAUAUUCCUAAUGAGGACCGUGGGAAGGCUAUAACAUGGAUUGACCGUGCUAUAGAAGAGUUUGAUGACGCCGAUGCUUAUUAUAUGAAGGGUGAGCUUUGUGAACAAGGAAUUAUUCAUGAAGAUGCAACUAAAUAUUAUCAAUUGGCGUAUCAAAGAGGUCAUCAAAUAGCUGGUGACAAGAUUUGA